CAACAGCAACAACAACAACAGCAGAUAACCCAGAAUCCUCAGAUGCGUGGGUUGAAUAUGAAUGGGCCGGACAGAGACGCGUGAGAGCCUCAGCCAUGAUGGAAGGAGGAUAUAGUGGCGCAGGGUUCGCUACAGCAAGCAAAAGAGAGGUAGAAGACGAAGAUGAUGAAGACUUGGAUGUCGAAGAUGAUGAUGCUGCACAAUAUGGCGAACAUCAAUAUACAGAAAGAGAUAUUUUAGUGAAUAUGGAGGACGAUAAUGAAGAUGCUCAUGCUUUACGAGAAAUGGUAUCUGGAGGCACAUCACAUAAUUCACCUUCAUCAAUAAGACAAGAAUUUGAAGAAACAGUAUCUGAAGCAGGAUGGGAGCAACACUUGAGUACAGCUGGAAGUUUUACAGAAGGUGGUCAUUCAAAGCUCGUUAUCGAAUCACUUAAAACACAUAUCCGUCAAUUAGAAGCAGCCUCACGUUCAUCACCGCAUUGUCUUAUCUGUCUCGAACCUUACAAGACGCCUCUAACAUCAAUUGUCUGUUGGCAUGUUCAUUGCGAACGAUGCUGGUUGCAAACUCUUGGAAGCAAAAAACUUUGUCCCCAAUGUCAAAAGAUUACAACAGCUGCCGACUUACGACGUAUUUAUAUUUGAUCCUGUAUAAUAUGAUUCAUCUCCCUCUUCUAUUCUAUUCGAGUUCAUCCGAUAUUUCUUUGUACAAAGU